AUUUUUUUUUCUUUUGUGUUGAGUGCAAGUGUCCUUCCCUCUCCGUCAAUCCAAGACACAUCCUCUAGCUGCCACUCUAAUGAGGUGGCCUCUUCCCUUCUGUCUGAAGCAGUAUCACAGAUACUCCCAGCUCUGCAGCAUGGCAACAUCCGGGCCCCCUUGGUCCGAGGCUGGAAGAGCCUCUGGUCAGGUGUGGGGACCACCAGGUCAGAUCAGGAAGAACUGUGGGGACAACGGGGGCAUCAGUGCCAGCAUCAGAAGCCCCUGGAGCUGCUCCCACUGCUAGUAGAGAAGCCUCUGUCUGAGUGACCAGUGCCUCAGUUCAUCAACCUUUUUCUGCCGGAAUUUCCCAUUAGGGGGCAGCAGCAGCUGAAGAUUUUAGGCCUCAAGGCUAAAGGUUCUUUUGGAACUGUCCUCAAGGUGCUAGAUUGUGGCCAGAAAGCAGUAUUUGCAGUCAAGGAGUCAUCAUGCCCCUAUAAGUGGUGCCCACGAUUCCCAGGGGCCAUCUGUACUCCCUCUCUAAGGUCACCCAUCCCUCUCUUCUGCCUUUGCUCUGUUCCCUUUCUCAUAGCACCUCUCUCCCCCAAAGAGAGAGGGAUCAGCAGGUGGCGUGAGUUUGGGCAGGAGGGCUACAAUGCCUUGAGCCCAGGCAUCGUAGCCCUCAAAUGCUGCCUAGACUUGUGGUUUGCAGUAUACAGCUUCUGCAGCACAGAUCUGCACUCUGCUGUUGGCUGCUUUGCUGAGGCUUCCAUCCGCCUCUUUGCUGCUGAGCUGGUUCUGGUCUUGUGGGCUGAUAGUAAGAGGGAAAAUGGCAACUUCUUAUCUGUGAUUUUUCAGAUGGAGAAUAUCCUUCUAGAUGAACAAGGCCAUUUGACACUGACGGACUUUGGUCUGGCCCACCACCUGCUGCAGGGAGCCCGAGCCUAUACUGUCUGUGACACCCUUCAGUAUAUGGGUGACAAAGCUGGGUACGCACUGGCAGGAGGCCAGCCCGUGGAAUCAUGACAAAGUUGUCUCAAAUCUGUAGUCCCAGAGGUCCUGAGUGGAGGGCCUUACAACCAUGCAGCUGAUUGGUGGUCCUUGGGGGUCUGUCUUUUCUCUCUGGCAACUGGAAAGUUCCCAGUCGCUGCAGAGAGUGAUCACAUGGCCAUGUUGACAAGAGUGACCCACUGUGACUCGGAGAGCCCAGUUUCUCUUAGCCAGGGGCUCUCACUCCUGCUCCAUGAGAUCUUAUGUCAGAAUACCCUCCAUCAUCUCCGCUAUUUGCAUCACUUCCAGCUCCCCCCUUUCUUUUGGGGUGUGGCCUUUGACCCAGAGCUCCUACAGAAGCAGCCAGUGAACUUUGUCAUGAAGACACAAGCUACCCGGCUCAGUCCAUCGGAGUCCAUGCUCUUCAAGGACUUUGACUGUGACCUGGAGUCCUACCUGGCCCACCCCAGCCCUGCUUGAGCUCCUCUACAGUAGACUUGGGCCGCUCUGGGAAUCUGAGGAUCUCCUCCACUGACAACUCAAGAUGAGCACCUUGAUGACCUAGUGUUUUUACUCUGUGGCCUUUUAUCAUUCUGUUCUUGUUCAAAUCUUGGAUAUUUUGCUACUGGAAGCCUCCGUUGGCCCUAGCCCUCCUCCCAGCAUACAACUCACAUCUGACCUUUUUCCUUUGCUUCAUUUCUUCAGUGCUGUAGCUUUCAGCCAGAGGCUUCUUCCGAAAUUUCCCCCUCCCGCUUCUCUGUUGUGUUUUCUCUGUCAAGUGUAGUAAACAAUACUUCAUGAGUUCCCAAGGUGCUUUUUAUUUAUAUAUUUAGUAGGCUUAUUAGAAGCAGGCAUCUCAAUCUUAAAUUUGCAGCUAAAACAUUAUCUGGGAACUCAGAGCCAAUCUGGAAUAAAUAAACUUUUAGAAAGUGAACCAAAUAGCCUAAAGUGAGAACAGGAACUGAAACUUGGGUAAGGGGAAAUGCCUCUUCCAGGAGACACUGGAAUAGCUAUCAAAAUUAUUUCCAAAACAAAAUAUCACCAAAAGAUACAUUGAUACUCAAUGAAACAAUGAGUACCUAUGUUCAUCAUUUCUGUAGACAGCUCAGCUCAUUUAGUUUUUGAUGAGCAAAUGAAAGGGUGACAGGAACCUUAAGAUUUAAGAUUAGCUCUGCAUCUCAGGGACCUUUUCCUUUAGUAAGGAAAGUCAUUUGGGGGUCCUCCCUGGUGGUGCAACAGGUUAAAGUGUAGCACUGCAAGUGAGUCUCAGCUGCCUCAUCAUG